CCCCGUAGGGAGCUCGCUGCGGUGCCACCUCCGGCUGGGGGACUCCAGUUGUGCCAAGGCGAUUUGGUGCGCUCGGGCAGGCUGCUCUGGCGCUGUAUCGACCCGCCGCCCCUCAGCCCCCCGUCGCCAGGCUCGGGGGAGGAGGGAAACGCGGGCCGGCCUGAGCUGGGGAGCUUUGCCUCCAGUUGCCUCUGAACGCGCGCUGAGGAGUCGCACUGCAAGAGAUGCCACUCAAGUGCGGGGGGCUCAUCAGUUACUGCCAGCGGGCCGCACUGUGUCCAGUGCCGGGAACUCCUCUGCAGCCUGAGCUCACAGCUGUGGGGAUGCAGCUCCUGUUUUCGGCGGGGUUGCCUGGCUUUGAACGGCAGGGCAUGGCGGGUCCAGUUUUCUAAACUUCACAUAUAAUGGAGUAUAUGAGCACUGAUAGUGACAAUAAAGAGGAGAUUGACUUGUUGCUAAAACAUUUAAAUGUGUCUGAUGUGAUAGACAUUAUGGAAAACUUUUACCCAAAUGGAAAGCUGGCAGUUUAUGAAGACAGUCUGAUUACUGUGUGUCAGGAAACAAAUCAAAAUGAGGGAUGUACAGAAUCCUUAUUAUUCCAUGGCAGAGAGGUUUCUUUGCUGUCGUGCGUCAGGUAUGGGACUGAGGAAGACUUGCUCGCUUUUGCAAAUCAAGUAUCCAACACUGCAAAGCAAAUUACCGGACAGAGACGACAAGAAUCUGGAAUCCUAUUAAACAUGAUCACGCCGAAAAAUGGGCGCUAUCAAAUUGACUCUGAUGUGCUUUUGUUUCCAUGGAAGCUGACCUACAGGAAUAUUGGCUCUGAUUUUAUUCCUCGAGGAGCUUUUGGGAAAGUGUAUUUGGCACAAGACAGAGAGACAAAAAAGCGAAUGGCAUGCAAGCUGGUUCCCGUGGAACAGUUCAAACCAUCGGAUGUUGAAAUCCAAGUCCGCUUCCGCCAUGAGAACAUUGCUGAGCUAUAUGGUGCCAUCCUAUGGGAUGAGACUAUCCAUCUCUUUAUGGAAGCAGGAGAGGGAGGGUCUGUCAUGGAAAAAUUGGAGAGCUGUGGGCCUAUGAGAGAAUUUGAGAUCAUUUGGGUGACUAAACAUAUCCUCAAAGGACUUGACUUCCUUCACUCAAAAGGAGUCAUACAUCAUGAUAUAAAACCCAGCAACAUUGUUUUCAUGUCAACAAAAGCCGUUUUGGUGGAUUUUGGUCUAAGUGUUCAAAUGACUGAUGACACGUACUACCCCAAAGACCUCCGAGGGACAGAGAUUUACAUGAGCCCCGAAGUGAUACUCUGCAGAGGGCACACGACAAAAGCGGACAUCUACAGCAUGGGGGCUACCAUCAUUCACAUGCAGACUGGCAGCCCGCCGUGGGUGAAUCGAUACCCUCGCACCUCAUAUCCAUCCUACCUCUAUAUAAUACACAAGCAGGCGCCCCCGUUAGAGGAUAUUGCAGAAGAUUGCAGCACCAGCAUGAGAGAGCUGCUGGAAGCCGCUCUGGAAAGGAACCCUAAUCACAGACUCGCUGCAGCAGACUUAUUGAAACAUGACGCUUUGCACCCCCCGCCAGAGGAGCAGCCACGGUGCCAAAGUCUGGACUCAGCCCUGUUUGAAAGGAAAAGGCUGCUGACGAGGAAGGAACUGGAGUUGCCAGAAAAUAUUGCAGAUUCUUCCUCAUGUACGGGAAGUUUGGAGGAAUCAGAGCUGUUAAAAAGGCAACGGUCGCUGUACAUAGACCUGGGCGCUUUAGCUGGCUACUUCAAUAUUGUUAGGGGACCACCAACAUUAGAAUAUGACUGACUCUACUGAUUUCUUGUGUCUGCUGGUCAGAAUUGGAAAUCUGUCUGUUCAAGCUAAUGUAUAUAAAGUAGUGCCUUUUUCAGCUGUAAAAUGUGAACGGCUUUCAACUGCACAGAUGAUUAAGCUAACGGAUUUAUGGACUCUGAUAAAUAUAUCCGAAGCAAGCAAUAACAUGUUGUUCUCUGACAGAAAACCAACAAUACACAGGAGAAAAGAACACCUUUCUGGGAAUAUUAUCUGGAGACUUUCCAUGCACUGUGUAUGGUUUUUUUUGUACACGCACUUUCCAUGCUGUGGGCUGUAAAUAGAAAAAUCCUUUCAUUUAAAAAAAAUAUAUGAAUAUUGGGGGCAGAUCCUCCAGUGUGACUUAACUGCACUGCUCUAAAUCUGGCUGGGGAGACUCUGGUAGUCCUACCCAAGCUUCGGCUGGCUCAACCUUAGGUCAGCCUUUAAAUCGAUGUGGACCAUACCACCCCCAGGACCCGUGGAGAAGGUAUCCCUGGGGUACAGUGGUGUGCUGGUCACUCUUUGUUUCUUCACACACCAGGAAGAAGGGAAUUUGGAGCUUCUUUGGUGAUUCCACAGCGCAUGAAGGUUCUCGUAGAAGGGAGGAUCCUCCACUGGCUUUAGAGCAGCUUUGUGCUAUGAGACCAGGGGAACCUCCCUUCACAAGCUGAGCAUUCUGGCCCUGAGCCUGCAUGUGAUUCUGAAUGUUAUGUACAUUAGAGGGGUUAUAAGUCUAUUUAGGCCACUGAUUAGUUGUCUGCCAGUAAUGUUGGGAGAAUUCCUGAUUGUGGUAUUAACCCCAAUAAGCUGAAUGGAAUGCUUUAAAACUGUGUUUAACUGACUUAGUAAACUAUGUAUGAGGAAGCAUGUCAUUAGUGACGAGCUGUGUUUACGUUCCUAUGGAAACAGAAUUUACCUUGUUCUCGCUUUGUCUAAUAUAUCUAAAACAUGAUGUUUUGGAUGAUAGUAAAAUUGUGUAAACUACAUAGUUCUGUACAUCCCAUGGGAUGAGAAUGUAAACUUUUAUAAAACUCUUCAAUGCUUAGGUCCAUCUCUCUUUUAAGCAUUUGUAAAACAUGGCAUACUAUGUAUGUUGUAUAGCAAAUCCCUUAUGAAGCAAGGUCUCAUUUUUAGAUAUAAAUUAUUUCAUGGUGCCUGUUCAAGAGAUUUACACUGAUUAUUUUCAC